CAGCAAACCACUCCUGGAUUUAGCUCUCUGCAAAAGUUCUUCUCAACAUGGUUGAACCUUGAUAUCACCACACUUGCCGUCGCGUUGACCGUGUUUGGCGCAAUCAGCAACGGCACGCAACAGCUGAAAUAUAUCGCCCUUGAGAUGUACAGCUGGGUAGCAAGAUUUUUCACUGCCUCAGUUUCGAUCCCCGGCAGUGACAGACUGAAUCGAGAAGUCUUGAACUGGAUCGGCGCCAGGGUCCUUUUGCAACAGCAGACUCGUAUCCUCACUGCAACCUCGGAACCUGUUCAGAAUGAUGCCUGGGACUUUCGCCGUGCUGGCAUCAAAAGAACAGACCAUCACAGCGGGAAGCGACCCCCCAUCCAGUAUCUCCCUACAUUUGGUAUCACGUGGUUCUUCUAUGACCGUAACAUUUUCCUAGUCCGCCGUAUCACGGAUGGAAGAGGUUUUGGUCGCAAUGCCUAUGUCUCGGGUGAGUUCGCUGACCAAUAUGUCGUUCCUCCAGCUGGCCAUGAACCUCUGGUCGUCAUGUGCUUGGGUCGGUCGGUGAAGCCAGUCAAGAGAUUCCUGAACAUGUGUCGCGACUUCGCCGACAUGCAGCGUGAAUCAUUCACCACAGUCCGUGCCUCACGAAACAACUACCACCGCGAGGGCUGGGAUACGACCAUGCUACGGCCGAUCCGACCCCUUGAAACCGUCAAUAUGCAAAAGACGGCCAAGGAGGAACUCGUUUCCGACAUGGAAAACUAUCUCAAGCCCACGACCCGCCGCUUUUACACUUCACGAGGCAUCCCUUACCGCAGAGGUUACCUCUUGCACGGUCCUCCCGGCACAGGCAAGACCAGCUUAUCACUCGCCUUGGCAGGCCGAUUCAGCCUGGAGCUUUAUAUCAUCCAUGUCCCAAGUCUCGCAGCCGAUAUAGAACUAGAGAGAUUGUUCACAUCGCUACCACCCCAGUGUAUUGUCCUACUCGAGGACAUCGAUGCCGUCGGCAUGAAGCGUAAGCCGGACCGAGAGGACGACGACAUGGAUGAGAAGGAAAUAAAGGAGAUGAGGAAGCUCAUGGCCCAUGCCCACAUCCGCCAUGGUAGAGUCACCUUGUCAGGAUUAUUGAACGUGCUGGAUGGUGUCAUCAGUCAAGAAGGCCGUAUCGUCCUCAUGACAUCUAACAUUGCUGACAAGCUCGAUGAGGCACUUGUCAGGCCUGGCAGGAUUGACAAGAUGAUAUUCAUGGGCAACAUUGAUGGCGAUGCAGCUGAGGAGAUGUUCCUACGGAUGUACACUCCUGACCAGAACGAAACGCCCAUUGUCGUGGAGCCACGCACCGACCUGAGCUCCGAAGAGCUCAAAAGAUUUGCAUUCGAGUUUAGGUCGAGGAUUCCAGAUGACACAUUCACUCCUGCGCAGAUCCAGGGCCAUCUACUGAAUUAUUGUAACCACCCCGAAGCAGCAGUCGCUAACCUUGAGGAUUGGGCGGAGAUGGAAAAGAGGCGGAUGGAAGAGGCAGAAGAGAAGGAGGAGGAAGCGCAAAAGCGCAGAGCCACGAGACGCAGAGAGCGG